AUGCGGGCGAGAGCGACGCCGGGAGCGAUCAAACACGCGCGGAGCGCGCGCGCGGUGGCGACGCGGGCGACGUACGGACGACCCGAGCGCAUCGCGCGCGUGAAGGGAAACGACGGGGGGGCGUCGCGCGUGGGCGAGGCGUUGGAACUGCGAGGGUGGGCGCGAUCGGUGCGGACGCAGAAGGGAAUGGCGUUCAUCGACCUGAACGAUGGGAGCGCGAUCUCGGGGAUGCAAGCGGUGGUGAACGAGGGAAGCGCGGCGUGGGACGCGCUCGACGCGGGCGGCGUCUCCACGGGGGCGGCGCUCAGGGUGAAGGGGAAACUCGUGGCGAGUCCGGGAGGGAAGCAAGCGGCGGAAUUGGCGGUGGAGGAGAUUGAUGUCAUCGGAACGGCGGAUCCGGAGACGUAUCCGCUGCAAAAGAAGCGACACACGCUGGAAUAUCUUCGAAGCAUCGCGCACUUGCGACCUCGCACAAACACCAUCGGCGCCGUGGCUCGCGUGCGCAAUCAGUUGGCGUACGCGACGCACACGUUCUUUCAAGAGCAUGGGUUUUUAUACGCCAACACGCCGAUCAUCACCGCGUCGGAUUGCGAAGGCGCUGGGGAACAGUUUCAAGUGACGACGCUCGUCGAGGCGCUGAAGAACAAUCGCCCGUCGUCCGACUUGCCGAAGAAUAAGGAUGGUUCCAUCGACUAUUCUCAAGACUUCUUCGGCAAACCGUCUUAUUUGACCGUGUCUGGGCAAUUGAACGGUGAAAUCAUGGCUUGCGCGGUCAACGACAUCUACACCUUCGGUCCGACGUUCCGCGCGGAGAAUAGCAACACGUCGCGCCACCUGGCUGAGUUUUGGAUGGUAGAGCCCGAACUCGCGUUCGCGGAUUUGAACGACGACAUGGAUUGCGCAGAAGCGUACUUGAAGUAUUGCCUGAACCACGUCCUCGAGCACUGCGACGAAGAUCUUGAAUUCUUCGAGAAGAACAUCUCCAAAGACAACCUGAGAGAGCGACUUCGAAACGUCGCGUCGCAAGAGUUUGCGCGCAUCACGUACACCGAAGCCGUCGAGCACGUGUUGAACGCGAAGAAGAAGUUUGAGUUCCCAAUCGAAUGGGGAUCGGAUCUUCAGAGCGAGCACGAGCGGUACAUCUCAGAAGAAGUCUUCAAAGAUCGCCCCGUGAUCGUGCGCGAUUAUCCGAAAGAUAUCAAGGCGUUCUACAUGCGUCUCAACGACGACAACAAAACCGUCGCCGCAAUGGACGUCUUGGUGCCCCGCGUUGGUGAGUUGAUGGGUGGUAGCCAAAGAGAAGAACGCCUUGAUGUCUUGGAGCGCCGAAUCGAAGAGGUUGGUUUGGAAAAGGAGUCGUACUGGUGGUACUUAGAUUUGAGACGAUACGGUUCGCAGCCGCACGCCGGUUUCGGCCUCGGUUUUGAACGCCUCGUUCAGUACGUCACAGGUGUGGAGAACAUUCGUGACGCCAUUCCUUUCCCCCGUUACCCGGGUAGCGCUGAGUUCUAGAUUUAGUCUAACGCGGC